AUGUACGACGAUAUUGCUAAUAAUCCACAAAAUCCAACCAAAGGUGUUAUCAUCAAUCAUCCUAAUGGCAAAGAUGUCUAUCAUGGCGUACCCAAGGACUACACGGGAAAUAAUGUGACGCCCAAAAAUUUCAUUAACGUACUACUGGGCAACAAGGAAGAAAUGCGCGGCAUUGGUAGUGGAAAAGUCCUUGAAAGUGGUCCCGAUGACAACGUCUUCGUCUUCUUCACUGAUCAUGGUGCUGUUGGUCUUGUUGCUUUCCCAAGUGGUGUGCUCUAUGCCAAAGAUUUGAACGAAACCAUCGCCAAGAUGCAUGCUCAACAAAAAUAUAAGCAGGUCUGAAAAAUCAAUAGAAUUUUUUCUCCUUAUAAUAUCCUAUU